CUUCGAAGGCGGCUCAGAUGGUGACUCCACUUCACAGCCUGGUUGCGGCUGAUGGCCUUCGGCGCGAGCACAGAUGCGAGCGCGGGGACGCUUGGCCCUAUGACGGUGCCGGUGAGCCCUGCUUGAGGGCCCGGACGCGACCUGUGCGCUGCCUGCUCGGAAAUGCGGAACCAAGCGUCGGCAAACCUGGUCACUUGGGAUAACGAUGGGCGUGGACGGUCUCGAUGGCAAAGAAGGCCAGCAGGGAAGAAGGCCGUUUGACGUAUGUUCACCUGCGAUCGUCUUGUCCUGGACCCAGAUUGCGAGGCUGGGGUUACCCAGCACAGAUUGGGCUUCGUCCUUCCGACGCAAUUGGGCAAAGCUGCCCCAACUGAUUGUGGCCAUGUACUUCGUGUUCGUAUUCGUCGACGAGCUGUAUCGCGUAAACACGUUGCGAGUCCUGCUUCGUUAUUCACUGGUUGUACAGCAGAUUCGUUUAGGAGUUAUGAAUGCACGCUACUAUGGUACUAUACAUAUGAGAUGCAAGGCUACCAUGAUUGCUCUCUCUCUAUCGUGAGGGUAGCUGCGUACGCGUGACUCCGAACAGGCUUUGGUGUGCACGAGCUGUUGGGUUUCGGGGAAAGACUUCAACUUGACUU